CGUAAGGUAUUUAAGGUGCCUUACGCGGCCAAGUCAUGACGCUCCAGUAUAGUCCUCCUUUCGCCUAGCUUUCCCACUACAUUUCCCACAACGCUAAGGGGCCUGCGCUUCCGCAGCUUUCACACGGUGCUGCUCUGCUCUGGCUUUUAACUCGCAGUUGUAGAUGCGUUAACGCGAAGAGACAGUCUGUUCGAGAAUUUGUGGUUCCAGGUUUCAGAACAUUAAAUGGGAACUGAGAGAUUGUAACUGUCGUUCACUGAAGUGCUGAGAUGCCGUCGGAUACAGACCCGCCGCGAAGGAGGAGAUACACUCACGAGACUUUCGAGUUUCCCCGGGACCUGGAGCACCGAGCCGAGGUGCAGCACCGCCGGGGCUCUCUGUGUGACCGGCAGUGCUUGUCCAGCCAGCACCCCGACCUGACGGACACGUACUCGCCCACCGGCUCGCACCAGUUCGGCCCCUUCACUCCCAGAUUCAUGGCCGGCCAGGGAGUACAAUCUUCCAUUCCUUCCAGAUGUUUGCACCAGUCUGGAGAUAUACAAGGGUGUGAUCGCUGUUCUACCAAGACCACCCUCACUGCAGAGAAUGAAGUGGAAGCUCACAGGCUAGCCAACAACUACAGGUUUGGCUUCAAGAAAUGGAAGAGUCAUGUGACAGAGAGGCCCUGGGAGGACAGGUCGGAGAUUGUGAAAGAACUGUACUCGGAGCUCAACCUCAUUAGGAGCCCCACAGGUUCUUUGGUGACAUGUGGAAAUGUUACUUAUGUCAUUUUGUUCGGUUGGUGGAUAUCUUUAGCUUAUGCAUUUAUUAGCAUUCUAAUGUUUCUCACAGUAAUUGGAGCACAAUAUGGAAAGCUUUGUUGGAAAUUAGCUUGUUUUUUUCUGUGGCCAUUUGGGAAGUCCAUACAAAAGUUCAACAACCCGUUCAGGAAGUGCUGUAUCCGGUUCCCUGAAUGCGAAGCCAUCCCAGAGGUGGACGAAGUAAAGGAAACUUCCCCCCUUAUGCAGUCCAAGCGGCAUGUUCCAGUCUGUUCACGGAGCCCAGGGCCCAGUGAGCCACGGUACUGGUGUUGUGUGAGAACAUACGUUUGGCUGCUGCUGGGAUAUCCCUUCCUCUUCCUGAUCCAUGCAUUGGCCUCUUUCCUCUCCUGGAUUCUGGUCUUCACCAUUCCGGUGUCCAAGAUGAACGCCAGGACCAUCAGGACCAUCCUGCUCAUGCCCCCGGAACAGGUUUCCAUCCGAAACCUUAAAAGGACAGAUGUGAGUUCUGAGUCUGAGGUGAUCCUGUGCAUUUAUCGUGCUUUUAACUUGUAUUACUAUAAGUAUACGGUAGAUGGGAUUAAUGUGUUUGCUGUCAAUCUUUUGCCUCUUGUCAUCAUCACGCUUGGGAUUGGCUAUGGGGACAGGGAUAACCAGUAUGCCAGCUCUCCGGUGAAGUUCACCAUGGCCCUGGUCUCCAUCGUCCCACUGUCCUAUUUCAUUGGCAUGGCCAUCGCCAGUAUUUCAGCACAGAGUAGCUUUGCAGUGGGUGCAGUGGUGAACGCCACCUUCGGCUCCGUCAUCGAGCUCACCUUCUACAUCACGGCCCUGAUUCAUGGCUACCAGGAGCAGAACAAGUGCUACGAGGAGAUUGUGAAAUCUGCGCUGACCGGGACACUACUUGGCUGCAUUCUCUUCGUGCCUGGAAUCUGCAUGAUCAUUGGGGGCUUGAAGCACCAGGAGCAAAGGUUUAACAGUCGCUCUGCAGGGGUCAGCUCAGCUCUGCUUUUCAUAUCGGUUGGAGGGGUGUUUGCUCCCACACUCUUUUCCAAAGCCUAUGGGAACCUCAUCUGUCAGGACUGCACCAACUCGUCAGACAAUGGUACUGGUCCGUUUGUCUGCAUGGACUGCCGUUACGACCUGAGUGAAAAUAAUUAUUCACUGUUUCACAGUCAUAUUGAGCCCUUGGUUUACACCGUGUCUGUCCUGCUCCCUGCUGCCUACCUCAUCGGCCUUCUCUUCACCCUGAAGACCCACUCCCAUAUCUACGACAUCCACAUCAGCGAGUGUCAAGUCCCCGGUCACCACCACAGUGCUGUAGUUCACUGGUCCAGGUGGAGGGCCCUGGUCAUCCUAACCGUGGCCACUCUGCUGAUGUCCGUAUGCGCAGAUCUGACCACAGAGCACAUUGAGCCCAUCCUCUCCCACUCCAAAGUGUCUCAGUAUUUUAUUGGUGUCACUGUGCUGGCCUUGAUACCCGAGCUUCCAGAGCUUGUCAAUGGAAUUCAGUUUGCGCUUCAGAACAAUAUUAGCCUGAGCUUUGAGGUUGGAAGCAGCAUAGCAGUUCAAGUCUGUAUGCUUCAGAUCCCAAUACUAAUCCUCUUUAAUGUUUUUUAUGAUGUUGGAUUUGUUCUCAUAUUCAGCGAUCUGCACCUUUGGGCCAGUAUUUUCAGUGUGAUUUUGGUGAACUACAUCUUUAUGGAUGGAAAGUGUGACUAUUUCCAGGGGACUGCACUGGUGGUGGUGUACUUCAUCCUGCUGGCCUUGUACUUCUUUGCUCCUUCCCCUGCUGGCUGCUGAAGAUCCUCUGAGAACACUGAACAGAGCCCAUCAGCGUGGAGCGGUGUCACCUGAUGGAACGGCUUUCAAAACGUCAUAAGCUGAGCCCGGCAUUUUUUGGGAUGAAAGGAUUUUUUUAUGCAUCUUAAUUUGUCAAAGUGUUUAUAUAGAUUUUGUCUGGCAUAACUUUUUAUUAUGCCUUUGUCUAGGAUAACUUGUCAGCUGUAUGUGGCUUAGUGUUUAAUAGGAAGGACCGAGAGCUGGAUACUAACUUCCAGCCUUGCUAGAUUCACUGAAACUUUUCACCGACACUUUUUUUUUUACACUAAUUGACCACAGAGCAGCUUUGGGCUGAAUUAGUGUUUAGAUAUGUCAAAAAAUGUCUACAAUGAACAGGCACAAUUAAUAAAAGUGAUUUUUGUAAA